AUGGUAGCUGUGUCUGAAAGCAGUUCAGCCUCACUCAAGUCUCAGGAAAGGGAAACUCAUUUGGCACAUAGACCUUGGACGUUUAUUAUAUCACCAGCAAUAAAACAUUUGAUCGCGGUAGAUUUUAUUCAAAUUGAAACAAGUAAAUUGUAUUUUAUGAAUAUUUUAGGAGGAAUUGCAGGGGCCGUAAGCAGAACGGUUGUAAGCCCUUUAGAAAGAAUGAAGAUAUUAUUUCAAAUACAAGGAGUAAACGCAGCUUACAAUGGAAUUGGCCCCACGUUAGCGAAAAUGUGGCGUGAUGAAGGGGUAAUUGGAUUUUUAAGGGGGAAUGGAACGAAUAUUGUUAGAAUAGUUCCUUAUAGUGCGACACAAUUUGCAGCUUAUGAAAAAUAUAAAAGACUUUUAUUAGAAGAAGGAAAAAAAGAAUUAGAUGCACCACGACGACUUACAGCGGGAGCAUUAGCGGGUAUAACAUCAGUCGCAUGUACAUAUCCAUUAGAUAUAGUAAGAACAAGACUUUCAGUUCAAUCAGCAAGUUUAUCAGGUAAUGAAGGACAGAAAAAGUUACCAGGUAUCGCGUCAACAAUGAGGAUAAUUUAUGUUUCGGAGGGCGGUAUUAUGGCAUUAUAUCGUGGCUUGGGACCAACCAUGUUGGGAGUAGCACCGUAUGUAGCACUAAAUUUCCAUUCAUAUGAAGUACUGCGUAAAUAUUUUACACCAGUUGAUCGAACAUCACCACCGGUAGCACAAAAACUUUUAUGUGGAGCGUUAGCAGGAUCAUUUGCACAGACAAUAACGUAUCCACUAGAUGUAUUAAGGAGAAGAAUGCAAGUAACAGGGAUGAAAGAGGUAAAUUAUAAAUAUAAGAAUACAUGGGAUGCGCUAAUGAAAUUGUUGAAAGACGAAGGGAUCCGGGGAUUAUAUAAAGGGAUGGUACCAAAUUAUUUAAAAGUGGCUCCAGCCAUUAGUGAAAAAAAAAAAAUUAAUAAUUGGACAAUUUGA